CAGGCCACACAAAUACCCCGCAUCGCGGGAAAAGACCAAGAGAAUACACUCAAGCACCAUCUUGAAAUGGCAAAAGAAUGCAAGAUCAUCAUCGUUGGAGGCGGGAUAGCCGGGCUGUGUCUAGCACUGACCCUGGAACGAAUCAAGGUGGACUACAUCCUCCUGGAAGCAUAUCCUGAGAUUGUCGCCGAGGUGGGAGCUGGAAUCGCCCUGCAUCCCAAUGGACUGCGUAUCUUGGACCAGCUGGGCUGCUACGAGGAUAUCAUAAGUCAUGUCAAGCGGCCGGUGGAGAGUAUAGAUGUGCGGAACUCACGGGGCGAGUCUUUAGCCUCCACCACGGGCUGGGGGAAACGAUUGACAGAGCGGUAUGGAUAUCCAUUGAUUUGGAUCGACCGGACAGCUCUGUUGCGAAUCCUAUACGGACAUAUUCUCGACAAGUCGAAACUUCUCACAUCUAAACGAGUGGAAACCGUCAGACAGACAGGAGCAGCAGUGCAAGCCAUCACAACCGAUGGAUCCAUCCAUGAGGGCGAUAUCCUUGUCGGGGCCGAUGGCGUUCAUUCACGGGUUCGACAGGAGAUGCUGCGAGAAAGCCAGAAUGAAGAGUAUGCAGACAAAAUAUCUGCUACAUUCGGUUGUAUUUUUGGCGUCUCGAGUGUCAUUCCAGGCGUAUCUGAAGCCUGCGCCGAUCGAGUAUUGAACAAAGGCUUUUGCUACGUGAUAGGCAGCGGACCCGAUGAUCGAGUCUACUGGUUUCUGAUAAAACGACUUGAUCGGACUCUAUAUGGAGAGGAAGUCUCUCAAUUCAGCACCGAAGAGAUGGAAAAGAUACUGUAUGAACAUAGGGAUGAUGCGAUCAUGCCAGGCGUCCGCUUGGCAGAUCUCUGCCGGCAUCAGCGCAAUGCCGUCUUUACGCCAAUGCCCGAAGCUGUCUGUAGUAAAUGGUAUUCCGAAAGAGUCAUCGUCAUUGGAGAUUCAGUCCACAAGAUGAGUUCCAUAAACGCACAAGGGGGAAACCAGGCGAUAGAAAGCGCAGCAGCAUUUGCCAAUGCUCUUGAUUCUAUGCUCAAGGAGAAUACCCCCCUUACGGCAACAGAGAUCCAGACUGUCUUUUCCAACGUGCAGGAAACUCGGUUUCCCCGCGUGAAGCCGAUGAUGGAACUAUCGCAUCAGCGACAGCACAUGGACACACUGGCCACGCCCGAGUUGGAAGACAUCAUGCUCAAUAAAGUCCCCAAGAGUAUGCUGAAGAUGAUGUUGGAACGGUGGGAUGAAGCAUUUGGACCGGCCGUUUCCCUGCAGAUGCUACCCCUUCCUCACCGGCCCAAGAUUCUUCCUUUUCAUGAUGAGAGAGAGAGACACCAAUUCAAUAUAGAUGGCCAAGGGAAUAGGCAUAUCUAGUUGUUAAAAGCAAUCUAUAUAGGAUUCAUUAGGACUAUAUCAUCUAGUCAUUCUGCUACAUAGAUUAUCCAUGGUUAGGGUUUUUACACCGGGC